AUUCAUAAUAAACAAAUGCUUGUUCCUCUUUCUCUUUCUUUCUCUUUCUUCAGCAAUGCAAACACAAUCUCUGCUCAAUCUCUCUGUUUAAUCCACUUUUUUUUUUAAUUUCCAGGAUUGGGUUUUUUGUAUAGUAGUUCUUUGAUCGAUUGAGAAAUUUUUUCCCUUUUUUUUUUGCUUUUUUGUUUGAUUAAAGAGUGUCGAAGGGGGCCUCCCAAGUUGGGAGGGGUGAGAAAGACCAUGGGAGGAGGUGAUAAUAGUGCUGCUACGGAAGAGGUGAGUCAAGCCAACGACGGAGAUGGAGUCACCGUCAACGUCAGAUGCUCAAACGGCUCCAAAUUCUCCGUUCAGAUCAAGCUGGAUUCGACCGUCGAGUCCUUCAAGGCACUGCUGGCCAGCAAGUGCGAUAUCCCCGCCGAUCAGCAGCGUUUGAUUUACAAAGGCCGGAUCUUAAAGGACGAUCAAACUCUUCAAAGCUACGGUUUGGAGGCAGAUCACACUGUCCAUUUGGUUUGUGGUUUUGCACCAACACCAGCACCACCGACAACAACAACCAAUGCAGCUGGAUUGAACGCAUCUGGGGCUUCAAACACCACUCAAACAAAUGCAAGGACUGUUGGUUCAAAUGAAGCUGAUGCACUAGGAGGGGCUGGUCUUGGGGCUUCACUUUUUCCUGGUCUUGGUCUCGGUGGCUUAGGUGGCAGUGCUGGUCUCUUUGGAGCUGGGCUUCCAGAUUUUGAACAAGUGCAACAACAAUUGACUCGAAACCCGAACAUCAUGAGAGAAAUAAUGAACAUGCCUGCUGUUCAGAAUUUAAUGAAUAACCCUGAGAUAAUGCGAAGCUUGAUCAUGAACAAUCCUCAAAUGCGAGACAUCAUUGACCGAAAUCCUGAGCUUGCACACAUACUUAAUGAUCCAAGCACUCUCCGUCAAACACUUGAAGCUGCAAGAAACCCUGAGCUCAUGCGUGAAAUGAUGCGGAAUACAGACAGAGCAAUGAGCAACAUUGAAUCAUCACCUGAAGGGUUUAACAUGCUUCGCCGUAUGUAUGAAACUGUUCAAGAGCCUUUUCUGAAUGCAACCACAAUGGCUGGGAAUACUGGAAAUGAUAGCGCAAACCCAUUUGCGGCCCUCUUGGGAACUCAAGGAGGAAACCAAGCUAGAGAUGGAUCAACCAACCAGUCCACACCCACUUCUGCAACUAAUGCCAAUUCUCCUGCUCCCAAUACUAAUCCACUACCAAACCCUUGGUCUUCUGCUGCCACUGGAGGUGCCCAAACUAAUACAACAAGGUCAAAUGCUAGUGCGGAUGCUAGGCCACAGGCACCUGCUGGGUUAGGUGGUCUUGGUCUCCCAGAGUUCGAAGGCACGUUUGGUGCUAUGCAGGAUAGUAAUAUACUGAAUCAGUUGAUGCAAAAUCCAGCUAUUUCACAGAUGAUGCAAAGCCUCUUGUCCAACCCUCAAUACAUGAACCAGGUUCUUGGUCUUAAUCCUCAACUCCGGAGCGUUCUUGAUUCUAAUUCUCAACUAAGAGAAAUGAUGCAAAACCCUGAAUUUCUUCGUCAGUUGACUUCUCCUGAGACGAUGCAGCAACUAUUGACUUUGCAGCAGUCUUUUCUUUCACAACUUACUAGGCCACAAUCAACCCAGGAACCUGCUCAGACUGGUGGAGGUGCAGGAACGCUCAACAACAUGGGGUUGGAGGCACUGAUGACCAUGUUUGGUGGACUUGGGGCUGGCAGCUUGGCUGUUCCUAAUAGAUCUGAUGUACCGCCAGAGCAACUAUAUGCCACCCAGUUGUCACAGCUUCAAGAAAUGGGUUUCAUCGACACUCAAGAGAAUAUUCAAGCAUUAAUUGCCACUGCAGGGAAUGUUCAUGCUGCAGUGGAGCGGUUAUUGGGAAAUUCUGGUCAGUAGUCUAUUAUCAAUAUUUAUUUAUGUCAAAAUUUGUCAGUUUAAACAUGAGUUGUAUUCAAGCCCUAUUUCUGGAAGGAAUAAGUUUUAGAUUAGGAUAGAAGGGCUUGGAAUUAACCGGUGUAUUUCUCUUCCUAGAGAGGCCAGUCAGGCGUUUAAGUGUCUUGUACAUACUCGGACAUUAAGAUGGGUCAUAUGAAUUGGCUGUUAAAUUUGUUUAGUACCUAAAAAUCAUAUCAAUGGUCCAUUUUACCUUGAAAGAA